AUGUUUGAGUCAAAAUCAUUUUCCAACAAGGUCUUCUUGAAGGAAGAGUUUCACUCUUUGAAGAUGGAGGAAGGCGUAAGUAUGAUGGAGCAUGUAAGCACCUUUAAUAGGUGUAUUACGGAUUUGCAAAGAAUGGAUGAGGUUUAUAAGUUGGAAGAUAAGGCCGUGAUAUUUUUGACAUUUCUGCCUCUGUCUUAUAAGCACUUUCGCAUGCCGCUUAUGUUCGGCAAGGGAACUCUAAAGUAUGAAGACGUGAUGCAAGACAUCCUGACGCAUCACAGGAUAGUUCCACGUUUUGGUGAUGGCUCUCAAGGUGAAGGCCUCGUGGCGAGGAUCGGAGGGCGUGAUCAUUCAAGCAAGCGUAGGGGCAAGUCAAGCAAUGGUGAAAAUUAUAGAUCUGAGGACAAUAAAGGGUGCUUGAAGUGUGGAUUAAAGGACCAUUGGAAGCGGAAUUAUCAAACAUGA